GGAGGAGGGAGCUCGGGUCGUAUUUCAGUGUUUGAGCGAGUCUGGAUGAGCUGAGACUGCUGUGUUCCAGUGGAGCUGCUGGAUCAGGAGCAGAAGAGUCUCUGUGACAGAGCGAGACAUGGGGCCACACUCAUCUGCUUCUGACAAGCAUCUCGCCUCAUCUUUAUUUCUCAUCAGCAGAGCCAUCACUUUCCUGACUGUGUGCUUCUGUUCUCCUGGGAUCGCCUUCCAGCACUCUGAGUCAGAGCGGGACUCAAGCGCUCAGCUGGACCUCACCGAGCUCAUCGGCGUUCCUCUGCCGCCAUCUGUGUCCUUCGUCACGGGCCUGGAGGGCUUCCCGGCAUAUAGAUUUGGUCCGGACGCUAACGUGGGCCGACUGACGCGCUCCUUCAUCCCCGACCCGUUCUACCAUGACUUCUCCAUCGUGGUGACGGCCAGACCCAGCUCUCGGCACGGAGGAGUGCUGUUCGCCGUCACAGACGCGCUGCAGAAGAUCAUCCAUCUGGGAGUGUCUCUGGCGCCGGUGGAGGACGGGUCCCAGCGCGUGGUUAUGUACUACACCGAGCCCGGGGCCGCGCACACACAGGAGGCGGCUUCAUUCAAGAUGGGCGAUCUGACGGGCCGCUGGGCGCGCUUCACGCUGGCUGUACAAGGGGAGGAGGUGAAGCUGUACAUGGACUGUGAGGAGCAGCACCGCGUGGCCUUCCGCAGGAGUCCAGACCCACUCACCUUCCAGCCCAGCUCCGGCAUCUUCAUAGGGAGCGCCGGGGGAACCAGGCUGGAGCGCUUCCUGUGUGCCAUUGAAGAGCCAGUGGUCCAGAUCUCCAGCACUAACCCCUUUCAGAUGAUGGGCCGGUAA